CGUACUUCCUCCGCAGUGUGCAGUCUGCUAGCUAGCCUGCGUUGCUCCACUGCUGCAGACCGAGUCCGUGUGCAGCGGUCCUCAGACACGAUGAGCGGCCAGACGAGCACGAUCGUCGCGGGGAUGUGCGGAGCCCUGUUCGUCGCAUACUGUGUUUAUUUCGACAGAAAGCGGCGGAGCGACCCGCUCUUCAAGCAGAAGCUGCGGGAACGGAGACGGAAGAAUAACGUUACUGGAGCAAACGCAGGACUUUCGAAGCUUCCGGACCUGAAGGACGCAGAGGCUGUUCAGAAGUUCUUCCUGGAGGAGAUCCAGCUCGGAGAGGAGCUUCUGUCACAAGGUGAGUUUGAGAACGGUGUGGACCACCUGACCAAUGCGAUUGCAGUGUGUGGUCAGCCUCAGCAGCUGCUCCAGGUUCUUCAGCAGACGCUGCCUCCUCCGGUCUUCCAAAUGCUGCUCACCAAACUGCCCAGCAUCAGCCAGCGAAUCAUCAGCUCCCAGCCCUUAACAGAAGACGAUGUGGAGUGAAUGUAUAAAAAUACUAUUGUGUUGUAAAGGGAUUUCAGACACCGUUAUUCAUUGACUGUUUGGUAUGUGUGAAAGCAUUAUAAUGACCCAGUUUGAUCUUUGGACCUCAGAUGACGAUAAAGCUCCUCUGUCAUAGCACUGCAAGGUUAGAGAACUAUGUCAAGGUUGUGUUUCCUGGAAAUGUUAAUCACAUUCCAUCUUUCUGAACUUGUUACCCCCAUGUCUCAUGUUUUAUAACCUCCCCUUGAUUCUAUUUAUUUUCCUAAAACUUGUUUUUUGAAGGGGUGGCUGCUGAUAUGUUGUGUACAUAGUAAGAAAAUAAAUGAUUGCUGUGCAGUUGA